UGUGACGCUGAGGAUAAAGGGGACAUGAGUGAUGCCUCUGUGAGCAGAUACUCCAUUGAGCAGACCUCAACAGACACCACCACCUCAAUACAGCAGUGAUACCACACAGCAGCCAAGAUGUGUUGCAAAGGCUUUCUCAAAGUGAUGAUGUUCGUCUUCAAUUUCUGCAUCUUUGCUGCGGGUGCUACCAUUUUGGGCGUGGGGGUGUGGGUGAAAGUGGACAGCGGCUCUCUACUGGGUGUCCUGAACGACAUCAAGGACGCUCCAUCCGAGCUAGCGCAACUGGCUAACGUGGGCUACCUGCUUAUCGCUAUCGGUGCCGUGUUAGUGGUCAUGGGAUUCCUGGGUUGCUGCGGCGCCAUCAGAGAGAGCAGGUGUAUGCUGCUCAUGUUCUUCAUCAUCGUGCUGAUCAUUUUCAUUGCGGAGGUGGCUGGAGCUGUGAUCAUCCUGGUUUUCCAGCCUGUGUUCCAGAAGCUUCUAGAUGAACUGAGCAGCAAAGUUAUUGGCAGCAUUAGAGAGGACUAUGGAAAGGAGGAAGGUCUGACUGCCCUGUGGAACAGCACAAUGACACAGCUGAAGUGUUGUGGAUACCGCAAUUACACAGAUUUUGAUGGAUCUCCUUUCCUCAGCAGUACCGGAAACAUUUAUCCAGAGACAUGUUGCAAUUCAACAAGUCUAACAUGCAAUGAAGGCACUGCAGCCAUGUCGGAAAUUGACGGCUGCUUUGAGAAGCUGGUGGAUCUGAUAGAGCACAACGCUGUGGUCCUCGGAGCCGUGGCACUAGGCAUCGCUGCUCUGGAGAUUGCUGCCAUGGUGGUAUCGAUGGUCUUGUAUACGGAUAUUGGAAAUAAAUAAAACAAAUGUCCUGGUUCUA